UGCAGCUAGGGAAGUAGAACUAAAGAGACUGGAGAAGGACUUAGCCUGCUUUAUUUGCUUGGUUGGCUGGCUGGCUGGUUAUACCUCCAUAGUUACUUCUAGAGUCUCUGCUGCUAUAGCUUCUGCUCAGUUUUUAAUUGCGUGUCCUCUAAGUAGCUGCACAAUCCUCACUCCACAGAGGGUAAAUGGAGGCACAGGAAAGCUAAAUGACUCUGAGGUCACAUGGGGAAAUUGGUGGCAUAGGCGACGUGUAGGGGAGGCACAGGGGUGGGGCAUGUCCCCCGCCUGGAAGUGCUGGUGCCCCCCCUGAGAGCAAGCACUCCAGCUGGUAGGGGGGCACAGAGCGCGCUCAUACCCCCCUUGAAUUGGCUCUGCUGGCAGGAUGUUGUCAUCAGAAGUGCCAGCGGCAGAAGUCCUGGCACUUCCACCGCUGCUGUGCCGCAUGCAGAAGUCUCUUCCUUGCGUUGUGGGGGAGUGGAGUCACUGGAGUGGUUGCGGAAAGCAGUGUAAACCUAAUUUUCGAAUGCGUAGGCGCUAUGUGCAACAAGAACCUAAGAACGGUGGGGAACCUUGUCCUCCACUAGAGGAGAAGGCUGGCUGCCUGGAAUACGUGACUUAUGAAGGACAGAACUGCGGACAUGAUCACGUUCCUGCUUUCAUAACAACCUUUGAAUACAGUAAGGAGAGAAAAAGACGAGCAGCAUCUCCUCUAUGGUCUUCAGACACAGAAGAAUCCAGCAGCUAUUGUGUGGAAUUUAAAACUGAGUCACUCUCUCACCACUGUACUCUGGAGAAUCGUCCUUAUGCUCGGUGGAUGCAGUAUAUAAGAGAAGGGUACACAGUAUGUGUAGCUUGCCAACCUCCAGCUAUGCAAAGUGGCAAUCAUCGUUGUUCUGGAGAUGGCCUUAAUGCUGAUGGAAAUAAAGUUCUCCACUGGCAAGCAGUUGGCAAUCCGCAGUGCCAAGGAACAUGGAAGAAAGUGCGGCAAGUGGAGGAGUGUUCCUGUCCUGGUGUGCAUAGUUUUAUUUUUACAUAAAAAAUAAUUUGUUUAUAAUAAAGAACAUUUGUGAAUGUUAAAAACCAAUGUAACACUCUGAAACCAAAAAUUAAAAACUACACUUUUCUGCUGUAUUUGCUGAACUUGGAACAAGAAAGACUUUGGGAGAUAUUCCGAUUUGUGCCUUGACCCUCGUUCGUAUAUAGGAAUUAACAUGAAAUUUUCUACUUCUGAAUGUAUUAGCUUCCAUUUCUCUCUUUUGUAAUUAAAGACUGAAUUCUUCCAACUGGAGCAAUUUCACUUCUUAACAACUUAAUUCCUUGCAGGACAAUCUUGUAGGAGUUGCAGUAAGAGCGGCAUCACCACAUGUCCUGGUUUGGCCACAACGCACAGAAUUUAGUCACCUGGUCC